UCUCUUUUUUUGCUCCAAGCAAAGCUUCUCCCAUUCGAGCUUCAUCAUGUUUGCCAAGUUGUCGGUUGUCGUUGGCCUCGCUGCCCUGAUCAAUGCUGCUCCUGCUCCCGUCAAGCAUGUUCUCCAUGAGGCGAGAGAUGUUGCGAGCAGAGAUUGGGUGAAGGGUGCUCGCAUUGAGAAGGAUGCCAUCAUUCCUAUGCGAAUUGGUCUGACGCAGACAAAUCUUGAGAAGGGAUAUGAUUAUCUCAUGGAGGUCUCUCAUCCCGACUCUGAGAACUACGGCAAGCAUUGGACCGCCGAGCAAGUUCAUGAUGCCUUUGCUCCAGAAGAAGAGACAGUUGCCAAUAUCAAGGAAUGGCUCACUGACUUUGGCAUUCAUGGUGGUCGCAUUGUCCACUCUGAGAACAAAGGAUGGAUCGCCGUGGAUGUGACGGUUGAGGAAGCCGAGUCACUGCUGUUGACUGAAUUCCACGAGCAUGAACACAAGCUUACUUCCAAGAUUCGAGUUGGCUGUGACAAAUACCAUGUUCCAGAGCAUCUCCAAUCUCACAUCGACUACAUCACUCCUGGUAUCAAGCUCAUCCCUGUUAAGAAGCGUACCAUCAAGCGUGAGGUCAAGGCCAAGCGAGAGAGCCACGCUGUGAAGGCCCCUAUUCACGUGGAUGCUUCAGCAGACACAACCAUCUCCGUCGCUGCAGCAGCUCUUCCACCUUCGCUCCAGAACUGCAGUACCGCCAUGACACCAACUUGUAUCCAGGCCCUUUAUGGUAUUCCCAGCACCAAUGCAGCUGUUGAAGGCAACUCUCUCGGACUCUACCAGCAAGGAUCCUACUUCUCGGAGUCGGACGUGAAUUUGUUCUUCGCAAACUGGGCUUCAUACAUCCCUCAGAAUACUUUCCCAAUCAAUGCCUCGAUUGAUGGUGGGUCCUAUUCCGUGCCUGCCGACAGCCCCUUGAACUCAGGGGAAGCCGACAUUGAUAUUGAGAUGUCCACCUCUCUCAUCUAUCCUCAAACAGUUGUUCUAUAUCAGACAGAUGACGAUAUCUACGAGCCACAGGAAGUUGCUACAACCAACCUUUUCAACACCUUCCUCGACGCACUCGACGGAUCUUACUGCACAUAUACCGCAGAUGGAGAGACUGGAGACGACCCAGCCAUCGAUCCCCUCUACCCCGAUCCAGCACCUGGUGGUUAUAAGGGAACACUUGAGUGUGGUAUCUACAAGCCUACCAAUGUCAUCUCCGCCUCCUAUGGCCAAGCAGAGGCUGAUCUUCCAUCUCCAUACGUACUCCGUCAAUGCAAUGAGUUUAUGAAGCUUGGUCUCCAAGGCCACUCCAUUCUGUUCGCUUCCGGAGAUUAUGGUGUCACCUCCUUCCCAGGAGAUGGCUCCGCAUCUGGAUGUCUCGGCCCCGACCAACUCAUCUUCAACCCACAAUACCCAUCGGGCUGCCCCUAUGUCACCUCAGUUGGUGGUUCCCAACUUGCCCCCAACGGCACCGUCUACGACCCGGAAGUCGUGAUGGCAGAUAACCUUGGAGGAACCGCCGUCAACUUCUCUUCCUCUGGUGGUUUCUCCAAUUACUUCGCUCGUCCAACUUACCAAGAUGGUCACGUCGAGACCUAUUUCCACCGCGCUCAUAUCACUUAUCCAUAUUACUCCGAACUCGACGUCAAUGUCAACACCACGACUGGAAUCUACAACAGAAUUGGCCGUGCUUACCCAGACGUAUCUGCCAACGGAGCACACUUCCCAGCUUACAUCGACGGUGAACUCUUCCACUUCUACGGCUCCAGUCUCGCCUCACCACUCUUCGCCUCAGUCAUCACUCUCCUCAACCAAGAGCGAGCCACAGCCGGCAAGGGCCCCAUUGGGUUCAUCAACCCAACCUUAUACCGCAACGACGAUGUCUUGAAUGAUAUCACUGCGGGUACGAAUUUUGGCUGCGGUACGCAAGGUUUCCAUGCCGUGGAAGGAUGGGAUCCUGCUACUGGACUGGGAACGCCAAAUUAUCCUAAGAUGAAGGCGUUGUUCUUAUCUCUUCCGUAAAUAUCGAAGAUAGAUGAAAUUCGUUGGAGGUGUACAUAAAUACAUACAAACAUAGCUCACGUAAUGAUUGCAAAAUGUUUGC